AUGAAGUUCACCAAUGUUGUCCUCGCUACCAGCGCCGCCAGUAUGACCUGCGCCUAUCCCAAGGGAAGAGAGGUCAUUCCCGCCAAGCGUAGCGCCGCUGCUGAGCUGUCAGCCACCGGUUUCACUUGGGUUGGUGUUAACGAAUCCGGUGCCGAGUUUGAUCCAUCGAAUAUCCCUGGAACCUUAGGCAAAGACUACACCUGGCCCGACACCUCCAAGAUCCAGGUCCUGCGCAACAAGGGCAUGAACGUCUUCCGUGUUGCCUUCUUGAUGGAGCGUCUGGUGCCCGAGAGCAUGACCAGCACUCCCGACGCGACCUACCUGACCGAUCUCAAGAAGACUGUCAACUUCAUCACCGACAGCGGUGCCUAUGCAGUUCUUGACCCCCACAACUAUGGGAGAUACUAUGGCACUGUCAUCUCUUCCACCGACAACUUCAAAACCUUCUGGAAGACCGUCGCUACAGAGUUCGCCUCUAACGAGAAGGUCAUCUUCGACACCAACAACGAGUACCACGACAUGGACCAGACUCUUGUCCUGAAUCUGAACCAAGCCGCUAUUAACGGUAUCCGUGCUGCUGGCGCUACCAGUCAGUUUAUAUUCGUUGAGGGAAAUGCCUGGUCCGGUGCCUGGUCCUGGACCGACAACAACGACAACCUGAAAGGCCUCACUGACUCCGAGGAUAAAAUCGUCUAUGAGAUGCACCAGUACCUCGACUCUGAUAGCUCUGGGACUUCCGAGACCUGCGUUAGCUCUUCCAUUGGCCAGGAGCGCCUGGAGUCAGCCACUUCAUGGUUGAAAAACAACAACAAGAAGGGUUUCAUUGGCGAGUUUGCCGGUGGUGUCAACUCGGUCUGUGAGAGCGCCGUCGAGGGCAUGCUCUCCUACAUGUCGGAUAACAGUGAUGUCUGGACUGGUGUAGAGUGGUUCAGCGCAGGGCCAUGGUGGGGGACGUACAUGUAUAGCCUGGAGCCUACUGAUGGCCCUGCGUACUCGACUUACCUGCCUAUCCUAGAGAAGUACUUCGUGAGCGGCUCCUCAUAUGCCUCUACUUCCAGCGAAGUUGAGACCUCCACCUCCAGCACUGUUGGGACCACCACUACCGCCACACCCAACAGCCAGGCCCAGGUGUCUAGCCCUCCUACCGAGUCCGCCACUUCUUCCGCUACCAUCCCUGCUGCCUCGGUUGGGCCCAUCAGUGAACCAUCUUUCAGCCCGUCAUCCAUCUCGGUCAACGUUCCCACAUCUGCCCCGACAACCCUUGUUAGCGUCCAGUCUCCCUCUCCUAUAGUCUCUGCCUCCCCCGUCCACCCCGCCACUAGCAGCCCCUCUGCUAGCGGAGGUGUCGCUCAGCACUAUUAUCAGUGCGGUGGAAUGAACUGGACUGGUGCGAGUACUUGCGAGAGCCCCUACACCUGCGUUGAGCAGAAUCCCUACUACUCCCAGUGUCUUUGA